AUAAAUAGUCUUAAAAUGGUCUUAAAAUGAGCCAGAAAUGAUCUAAAUAGGAUCAUAAUAGGCUCAUAUUUUGAUGACCAUAAUAAGAUGAUAUUUAUCCCAUAAAAAAAUGACAUAAUUAUGACUACAUUAUGAUACAAUAAAUGAGGUAAAUAUGGGAGAGAUAUGAUUUAAAAAUGAGCCAUAUAUGGCACAUAAAUAAGUCAUUCAUGGCUCAUUUUUUAUCUCAUUUUUCACGGCCUGGUGAUAUCACGCAAAAAGAUCACAUUAUCAACAUAUAUAAAUAGGAAGAAAUUUCUACAUUCAGUCAUAUUCAACUGUUUAUAUGUUCAGAAAUGUCACAUAUGUAUUGUUUGUCAAAAAUCCAGUAGUUCUGGAAAAGUUGUUGGUCGGCAUCGUAAAAAUGUUUCAUUUUUUAAUAUUCCAACUGACCCAACAACCAGACAAGAAUGGUUUCAACUCCUAAAUUUAUCACAAGAAAAUAUCAAUUCGAAUACAUUAAGAGUAUGUAGUGAACGUUUUGAUGAUGCUGACAUUGACGGUGGACGUCGUCGAACUUUAAAAUCUGGUGCUUUUCAAAACAACAAGGUGUUAGACAUUGAUUUUGAUCUUGUUGUUGAUGUUGUUGAACGGCGUUCAACAACAUUAUUACGUGAUACAUUAAAUAUUUCAACAACCGCAAAAAUGUCUAUAGAUAAUAAUACCAUUGGAACUGAUAUAUUUAAUUUAACAUUAUCAUCUGGACCACUGUUAGUAUUUGAUACAUUUAGUAAUGAUAUAUCUGAAUUCUACAUUAGCUCACAUCCGGAAACCUGUCAAAUGCUGUGA